AUGGAUCCCAUCUGCUGGGAGUUCCUGGCACCCCAGAAGAUCCCUUCAUUCCUGGUCAUGCUAUGCUUGCUGUGGGAGGAGGAGAAGGGAAGACUGAAGAAGCGGACCAGGAAGGCCUUUGGGAUACGCAGGAAAGAGAAGGACACUGAUUCCACAGGGUCUCCUGACAGGGACGGCAUCCCUCCCAGCCCUCAGCCCAAUGAGCCACCUUGCAAUAGCAAACCCGAGAGUGCCCGGGAAGGAGGCAAAAAAAAUGGGAAGAAAACCAAUGGAGCCCCCAAUGGAUUUUACGCCGAGAUCGACUGGGACAGAUACAAUUCCCCUGAGCUUGAUGAGGAGGGAUACAGCAUCCGACCGGAGGAACCAGGCUCUACCAAAGGAAAGCACUUCUACUCCUCCAGCGAGUCGGAGGAGGAGGAGGAGGCGCACAAGAAGUUCAACAUCAAGAUCAAGCCCUUGCAGGCCAAAGAUGUCCUGAAGAGCGCGGCCACCGUGGACGAGCUGAAGGCCUCCAUAGGCAACAUUGCACUUUCUCCCUCCCCCGUGAGGAAAAGUCCGCGGCGCAGCCCGGGGACGAUUAAAAGGAAUUUAUCCAGUGAGGAGAUCGCGCGGCCCCGGCGCUCCACACCCACCCCGGACCCUGCCAGCAGGAAAGCCGGGGAGGACGCAGCCGCGCUGGCCCCGCUCUUUGGGCCCCCUCUGGAAUUGGCCUUUGAGGAGCAGAAGCUGGAGGCCACUCUAGAUCAGCCUGAGAUCUGGGGUUCAGCCCAGCCCCUCAACACAAGUGUAGAGUCCCCAAAGCUACCGAGACCUUUUCCAACUGGAACACCCCCACCCCUCCCACCGAAGAACAUCCCAGCCACGCCGCCGCGCACCGGCUCCCCUCUGACCGUGGGAAUAGCACCCCCACCCCUCCCACCGAAGAACAUCCCAGCCACGCCGCCGCGCACCGGCUCCCCUCUGACCGUGGGAAUAGGGCCCACGGGCUCCUCUGCUGCAUCUUCUGGGAACAGAAGUGCAGGGCAGGAAAGGAAGGCUGGAGGGUCUCACCUGCUGAUGGAGCCUGGUGCUGUGUUGUCCAGGCCUUUUAGCCCUCCUAUUCACUCAUCCAGCCCUCCUCCGAUAGCACCUUUAGCCCGGGCUGAAAGUACAUCUUCCAUAUCUUCCACCAACUCCCUGAGCGCAGCCACCACUCCCACCGUCGAGAAUGAACAGCCUUCCCUCGUUUGGUUUGACAGAGGAAAGUUUUAUUUGACUUUCGAAGGUGCCACCCACCUGUCCAGGUGCAUCGUGAAGAUCACGGGGGAGAUGGUGCUGUCGUUCCCCGCCGGCAUCACCCGGCACUUCGCCAACAACCCCGCGCCAGCCGUGCUCACCUUCCGGGUGCUCAACUACAACAGGCUGGAGCACGUCCUGCCAAACCCACAGCUCCUCUGCUGUGACAACACGCAGAGUGACACCACCACGAAGGAGUUCUGGGUCAACAUGUCCAACCUGAUGACUCACUUAAAGAAGGUAUCGGAACAGAAACCACAAGCCACCUAUUACAAUGUGGAUAUGCUCAAGUACCAGGUAUCUGCCCAGGGUAUUCAGUCUACUCCAUUAAACCUUGCAGUGAGCUGGCGGUGUGACCCUGCAAGCACUGACCUCCGCAUCGACUACAAAUACAAUACAGAGGCAAUGACCACCCCUGUGGCUCUAAACAACGUCCAGUUCCUCGUCCCUGUCGACGGAGGAGUAACAAAACUUCAAGCUGUGCUUCCUCCUGCUGUCUGGAAUGCUGAGCAGCAAAGGAUAUUGUGGAAGAUCCCUGAUAUCUCCCAGAAGUCAGAAAAUGGAGGUGUGGGGUCCCUGCUGGCCCGAUUCCAGCUCUCAGAGGGGCCCAGCACCCCGGCCCCCCUGGCCGUGCAGUUCACCAGCGAGGGGAGCACCCUGUCCAGCUGCGACAUCGAGCUCGUGGGUGCCGGCUACCGCUUCUCCCUCAUCAAGAAGAGGUUUGCAGCAGGUAAAUACUUGGCUGAUAACUGA